AUGAAUGAAUUUGUUCAAAGCGCAGUGAAUGGAGGUACAACAUCUGGAGGGAUUAGCUCAACACAGCCUGACCAAUCUUUUGAAACUCGUUUUAAUAAUUUGGAGAGGAAUUUGGAACUUUUUCAGGAGAAUGCUCGUCAUAUGGGUGUAAUUGCUAGUGAUUUUAGUGUACAGAGUCAAGAACCGUUAAAUCAAAAAGUUCAAACGCUCGUUUCUGGUCUUCAAGUUUUGGAUCAAUUAAAAAACCAAUUUGUCGAUGUUCGCGUACCUAUUCGUUUGUUGGAUAUUUUGGAUGAAGGGAACAAUCCACAAUUGUUUACUAAAGAAGCUUUAGAAGAUACAAGGAAGAGAAAUAAAGAGUGUCAGGGUGAUUCUUUUUCUUCCCUUACUUUUGUUUUUCAUUUUUUUGGAAGCUCUGUUCAUUUAAAUAAUUUUCCCUUAAUCCUUUAA